CAGACUUUAAUUGCAAUAAAUGAUAAAAGAAGAAGAAGAAGAAGACGAAGAAGAAGAAGAAAGAGUAGAAGAAGAAAUUAAAGGAGUGUGUCCCAGUUUCCAUCGUAUUUGGUUUCUUGUUGUUAUUUAUAUUUAUAUAUGAUUUAAAGUCAGUUGAAGAAGAAGAGGAAGAGGAAGAGGAAGCUGCACCAACAUGAAGCUCAACAUCGAGGGUCUGCUGGUGUAUUUUCCAUAUGACUACAUUUACCCUGAGCAGUACUCCUACAUGCUGGAGCUGAAGAGGACUCUGGACGCUAAGGGUCAUGGAGUCCUGGAGAUGCCGUCAGGAACAGGGAAGACGAUCUCUCUGCUGUCGCUCAUCGUCGCCUAUCAAAGAGCCUUUCCUUUGGAAGUGACCAAAUUAAUUUACUGCUCCAGAACAGUUCCAGAGAUCGAGAAGGUGGUGGAGGAGCUGAGGAAACUGAUCGAGUAUUAUUGCAAGGAAACUGGAGAAAGCAACAACUUCCUGGCUCUGGCUCUUUCCUCCAGGAAGAACCUCUGCAUCCACCCGGAGGUGAGUGCUCUGCGCUUCGGUAAGGAGGUGGACGGGAGGUGCCACAGUCUGACGGCCUCGUACAUCCGGGCUCAACGCCACAGCGACCCCGAGCUGCCCGCCUGUCGCUUCUAUGAGGAGUUCGAUGCCGUCGGCCGACAGGUGCCUCUUCCGCCUGGCGUCUACAACCUGGACGACCUGAAGGACUUUGGCAAGAGGAAAGGCUGGUGCCCGUAUUAUCUGGCUCGAUACUCAAUCCUGCACGCCAACAUCGUGGUGUACAGCUACCACUACCUGCUGGACCCGAAGAUCGCCGACCUCGUGUCCAAGGAACUCUGCAAGAAAUCUAUUGUGGUGUUUGAUGAGGCUCAUAAUAUCGACAACGUGUGUAUCGACGCCAUGAGUGUGAACAUCACCAGACGCACACUCGACCGCUGCCAGACCAACGUGGACACGCUGCAGACGACCAUUGAGAAGAUCAAGGAGACGGACACGGCCAAGCUGAGGGAGGAGUACAGGCGCCUGGUGGAGGGGCUGAAGAACGCCAACGUGGCCCGGGAGACCGACGUCUACCUCUCAAAUCCAGUGUUACCAGAUGAAAUUCUUAAAGAGGCAGUUCCUGGGUCUAUUCGCACAGCCGAGCACUUUGUGGGAUUCUUGAGGCGUUUCCUGGAAUAUCUGAAGUCCCGUCUGAGGGUCCAGCACGUGGUCCAGGAGAGCGCCCCCCAGUUCCUCAAAGACAUCUUCGACAAAGUCUGCAUCGACCGGAAACCUCUGAGGUUCUGUGCAGAGCGGCUGCAGUCGUUGUUACGAACUCUGGAGAUCGCAGACAUCGCCGACUUCUCAGCUGUGACUCUCAUCUCUAACUUUGCUACCCUGGUCAGCACCUACAGCCAAGGUUUCACCAUCAUCAUCGAGCCGUUUGAGGACAGAACUCCGACCAUCGCAAACCCUGUUCUGCACUUCAGCUGCAUGGAUCCGUCUAUAGCCAUCAAACCUGUUUUUCAGAGGUUUCAGUCGGUCGUCAUCACCUCAGGGACUCUCUCUCCACUGGACAUCUAUCCCAAAAUCCUGGACUUCCGCCCUGUUACUGUGGCGUCCUUCACCAUGACACUAGCACGGACCUGCCUCUGUCCCCUGAUCGUUGGAAGAGGAAACGACCAGGUGGCCCUGAGCUCCAAGUUUGAGACCAGAGAAGACUUUGCUGUGAUUCGUAACUAUGGCAACCUGCUUCUUGAGAUGUCGGCCAUUGUCCCCGACGGCAUCGUGGCGUUUUUCGUGAGCUACAUGUAUAUGGAGAAUAUAGUGGCAUCUUGGUAUGAACAGGGAAUCCUCGAGAACAUCCAGAGAAACAAACUCAUCUUCAUCGAGACUCAGGAUGCAGCAGAGACCAGCAUGGCCCUGGAGAAAUACCAGGAGGCUUGUGAGAACGGCCGAGGAGCCAUCCUCCUGUCGGUGGCCAGAGGAAAAGUGUCUGAGGGAAUCGACUUUGUUCACCACUUUGGUCGGGCGGUCAUCAUGUUUGGAGUUCCUUAUGUUUACACCCAGAGCCGCAUUCUAAAGGCUCGACUGGAAUACCUUCGGGAUCAGUUUCAGAUCAAAGAGAACGACUUCCUGACGUUCGAUGCCAUGCGGCACGCAGCUCAGUGUGUGGGCAGAGCCAUCAGAGGCAAGACCGACUACGGACUCAUGAUCUUCGCUGACAAACGUUACGCCCGAGCAGACAAACGUGGGAAGCUCCCUCGCUGGAUUCAGGAGCACAUCAGCGACGGCAGUCUGAACCUCACGGUGGACGAGGCCGUCAAUCUCUCAAAGCACUUCCUCCGGCAGAUGGCUCAGCCUUUCAGACAGGAGGACCAGCUGGGUCUGUCUCUGUUGACUUUCGAGCAGCUGCAGUCUGAGGAGAUGCUGAAGAAAAUCAGUCAGAUCGCUCAUCAGACUUAGAGGUGACAUACACCCCAUAAUGUCACCACCAAGGCAACCGGUCAGUGGGCACUAUGUUCCACUUGUAGAACUGAUUCGUGAACCGAAGCUACAGUUUCCUGUCUUCAGAGUCAAAUAUAAUGACAAAACAGAAGCUCCCACUUGGAUCCAUUUUAAGUAUUGAGCCGUACAGUAAACUUUCUUCAAUUGAAUCUUCUUGUUUGUUUUCCCCCUGGUGGUCAAAGUGAUUGGCCUAUUUCCAGUUUGAUUUAAGUUUCCCUUCAUUUCCCUCAUUAAAGAACACAGUGUUACCCGUUAGGAGAGGGGGG